AUGCAGAACCGAGAGUACAAAGUUGUGAUGCUGGGAUCCGGCGGCGUUGGAAAAUCCGCGCUCACUGUCAAAUUUGUUACCGGUCAAUUUGCGGAAAGAUAUGAUCCGACCGUCGAAGAUUUUUACAGAAAAGAAAUCGAAGUCAAUCGAGAACCAGCAACGCUAGAAAUUCUCGACACAGCUGGAACCGAGCAAUUCGCAUCAAUGAGAGAUCUUUACAUACGCAAUGGCCAAGGUUUCGUUCUGGUUUAUUCGAUAACGUCGAUGCAAAGCUUUUUGGAUAUAAAAUCAAUGAGAAAUCAAAUUUGCCGUGUGAAGGGAACAGAAAGAGUGCCUAUCGUCCUCGUGGGAAACAAAGUCGACCUCGAGCGUGACCGGGAGGUUCAGAGAAACGACGGACUUGGACUGGCGAAAGAGUGGGGCUGCUCGUUUUACGAAGCCUCGGCAAAAGCUAAAAUCAACGUAGACGAAUUAUUCCAACAGGCCGUCGAGCAAAUGAACAUAAUGGGAAAAAACAAGGGCAAGCCAAACAACUCCUGCUGUAUAAUACUUUGA